AUGUUCACCUACACGCCUUUGCAAGGCGCGCUGUCCGACUCGACUGCGUCGCAAUCUAUCCUGGAGCUUGAUGGAGGCAUAAAAGUCCUCGUCGAUGUCGGCUGGGACGAUUCAUUUGAUGUCGAAAAGCUCAAGGAACUCGAAAAACAGGUCUCGACAUUAUCACUCAUCCUGUUGACGCAUGCCACGACCGAGCACCUGGCCGCCUACGCCCAUUGCUGCAAACACUUCCCGCUGUUUACGCGCAUUCCCGUCUACGCGACAACACCAGUAAUUGCGCUGGGCCGGACGCUCCUUCAGGACCUCUAUUCGUCGAGCCCAGCGGCUGCAACUACAAUCCCCAAGAACACCCUAGAUGGUGCGUCAGAUUACGAGUCGCAACAAAUCACAACAUCGGCAAACAUACUACGACAGCCGCCAACCUACGACGAAAUCUCGACAUACUUCUCCCUCAUCCACCCGCUGAAAUAUUCGCAGCCGCAUCAGCCUCUGGGAUCUCCAUUCUCACCACCACUCAAUGGGUUGACCAUCACAGCGUACAACUCUGGCCACACCCUCGGAGGAACCAUUUGGCACAUUCAACAUGGAUUGGAGUCGAUAGUCCAUGCCGUGGACUGGCAUCAGGGACGUGAGAAUGUUUAUGCUGGAGCUGCCUGGCUCGGUGGAGCUGGAGGAGGAGGCGCACAAGUCAUCGAGCAGCUACGAAAGCCGACCGCGCUUGUUUGUAGUAGCCGAGGUGGAGAGAAACCUUCUGUUGCUGGCGGCCGUGUUAAGAGAGACGAGCUGCUGCUAGAGAAGAUCAAGGACUGUGUCGCCCACGGCGGCACGGUGCUCAUCCCCACUGAUUCCAGCGCCAGAAUGCUGGAGCUGGCAUAUCUUCUAGAGCAUGCUUGGCGAGCCGAUUCGCAGAGCCAGGACGGCAACCUGAGAUCUGCGAAAUUGUAUCUGGCAAGCCGCAGCGUGCACAGCACAAUGAGAUAUGUGCGCAGCAUGCUUGAGUGGAUGGACGACAGUAUCGUUCGCGAAUUUGAGGCAGUAGCGGACACCAUCAAGAAACCCGGAGGAUCAGGCCAGACGAAGGGGGCAGGUCCGUUUGACUUCAAGUUUAUGAGGCUGUUGGACCGCAAAGGCCAAAUCGACAAGAUUCUGCAACCUCCAUCUGACGACCAGAUGAGCGUCGGGCGUGUCAUUCUGGCAAGCGAUUCGAGCCUGGAAUGGGGUUUUUCGAACCAAGUCCUCAGACAGAUUGCGUCGAACCCACUCAAUCUUGUCAUUUUGACGGAAGAGCCGCCAUUGGCAUCCAAGAGUCGACCGUCCACUGCCAGAAUGCUGUGGUCUUGGCUGAGCGAAAAGCGCCAAGCGGGCUCAGAAGAGAAGCUUGACCCAGCAGGGCGUGAGCUUGAAAUACGCCUGGCGCAGAAAGAACCUCUCGAGGGCCCCGACCUUGCGAAUUACCAACAGUGGCUCGCGCAACAGCGUCAGCUGCAAACAACCCUGCAAGUUGGCGGCACUGCCGCACUAGAGGCUGCGGGCGACGUUGCCGAUGAUGUUUCCGAUUCCUCGUCUGACUCCGAGGAUGACGACGACGAACAGCAAGGCAAGGCGCUCAACGCGGCGACGACACUGGCGCAGGCCAGUCGCAAGAAAGCGGCGCUCACGGACGAGGAUCUGGGCAUCAAUAUCCUGCUCAAGAAGAAAGGUGUCUACGACUUUGACGUGCGGAAUAAGAAGGGCAGAGACCGCAUGUUCCCGCACGCCAUCCGCAAGAAACGAGCGGACGACUAUGGAGAAUUGAUCCGCCCCGAAGAUUUUCUGAGAGCUGAGGAGCGAGCUGAAGCGGAUGCAGCAGAGGCGGAAAUGAUCAGCAAGAGCGCCGAGCAAGACGGCUUUGGGAAGAAACGCAAAUGGGACGACAGUACCGCGAAGGGCAAGAAUAACGGCCAGACUGGCCAGAAGAGGCCACAACUAAAGCGUAGGGGCUCUGACGAUGCAGAUGGUGGCCAGGCAGAGGAGGCAGUCCAAGAUGAGCUCGAUGAGGUGCCCGAGGAUGAGGACGAAUCCGCCAACAGUCCGUCCAAGCUCGUCGUAACCAUCGACAAAAUGCAGAUCCACAUGCAGAUCGACUUUGUCGAUUUCAGUGGCAUACAUGACAAGCGCAGCUUGCACAUGCUUUUGCCUCUAAUCCAGCCCCGGAAGUUGAUUCUAACCAGCGGCGGUGAAGACGAAACCCUGAAACUCGCAUCCGCCGUCAAGCAGCUGUUUGCUGAGGACUCGAUCGACAUCUAUACACCGACAAUGGGCACGUCGAUCGAUGCCAGUGUCGACACCCACGCAUGGGUUGUCAAGCUUGCACCAGCACUGGUCAAGCAAUUGAGGUGGCAGAAUGUCCGCGGCUUGAGCAUUGCUACAGUGACUGGCCGACUGCUGUCACUCGCAAAGGCUGACCAGAAGGAGGAGGAUGAGGCAGCCAAAAAGCGCCUGAAGACCGAAGAUGCCAUGGACGAGAGCGCUGAUCAACCUGAAAGCGUCGCGGUGGAGCCAACUCUUGACGUCGUGCCCAGCAACAUGGCAUCUGCGGCACGUUCGCAUGCGCAACCCUUGCACGUUGGCGACCUCCGUCUUGCCGAUCUCCGGAAGGCAAUGCAGCAAGCUGGACACACGGCAGAGUUCAGGGGUGAAGGCACACUGCUUGUAGACGGGUCAGUGGUUGUCAGGAAGACCACGACUGGCCGCAUCAACGUGGAGAGCAUUGGGUUGCCGACCGACGGUGGUCCCGCGACACAGUUUGGCGGCACAUUCUACGCAGUCAAGAAAUCCAUCUACGAGAGUCUGGCUGUCGUCGCCGGCGCCUAA